AUGACGGCAUCCCGUUUUCAUAUCUUACUGACGAUUUUGCUAGCUACAGCCGUACAACAAUCUUCAUCCUUCUCGGUUGUACCUGCUGCAACGUCAGUGCAAUCAUCUCGGUCUCCAAAGUUCACAUCGGCAAGAUUCACUAGUACCAGUCUUCAGAAUGAUGCCACCGAUGGCACUGAGGAAGUGUCUUUGACGUCUGAGGAAAAGAAAAAAGUAGUUGGAAACUUGGUUUCUGAUGACGAGUGGGAAGGCUUGGGUAUGGAAUUGGCGGAAUUGGUCCGACUGGCUGUCGUGGAGGACUUGAAGAAGAACGCUCGGGAAUUUUUGGGCAAGGAUGAGUACAAGCUGGGUGACAUUAGUAAGGAAAUUGACGAUCGUGUCAAGACUGAAGUCGCCAAAGUCAGAGGAAAGGAUGAAUACGAACUUGGUGACUUUGUCAUGGCGAUGGAUGAAAUGUCCAAGAGUAUGACCGAAGACUUGACUGGCAAACCAUAUGAGGCUGGAGACUUGUCGGUGGAAUUGGAUUCUCGCAUCAAAUCUUCCGUCGCCAACUUUUGUGGAAAGGAAGAGUAUGAGUUUGGAGACUUGAGCAACGAAAUCGACAAGCGCGUCAAGGACCGUGUAGCAGAGUUCACAGGGAAAGGUGAAUAUGAAUUUGGGGACAUCUCGAAAGAAAUUGAGAGUCGCAGAAGGUCUUGGGUGAAGGAUUUUCUUGGAGAAGAGGCAGCCUCGAACUACCAAUUUGGAGAUGUUACAAAGAAAGCAAUAUCUUCCUUCACGGGAAAGGACGACUACGAAUUUGGAGAUGUUACCAAGAAGAUUGUUGGCAGUAUUUUUGGUCCCCGAAAGGGCAAGAAAUGA